GCAGAGCAGCUUGUGGUCUCUCUCUAGGAUUACUGCUCACCCAAGCUGAGAGAUUGAUCUUCCUCUGAGCCCCCCUUCGCCCGCUCUGAUCCGCUCCCCUCCGCGGUCUGUCCUGGCCGGAGGAGAGCAGCAGGGCACACACCGGAGAGGGAAGAGGGAGGCAGAUGCCAGCCAGAGCCGCGAUGCCGGGAAGGGCUUUUCUGGGGAAGGUGAUGGAGGGAGCCAGCGAGAUGCGUUUGAUUCCUUGAGGACAAAAUCUGCCAGGGAAUUGGUGUUUUGAAGACUCUUACAGCUUUUAAUCCUCAUUCCCUUGGGAAUACAAACCUUUCUAAUCAUGUCACCAGCCAUGUGGAAAUGGACUUGCCUGGUUUCUCACCUCCUGCUAUCCACCACAGUGUCGCCUCUUGGUAGGCAGCAGCCGCUCCAUCCAAAGAGGCCCUUCAUCACUUUCACCGGAGACCAAGCAGAGGGAAACUUCAACCACUUGGUGGUUGACGAAAGAACUGGGCACAUUUACCUGGGAGCUGUCAACAGGAUCUACAAACUCUCCAGUGACCUGAAGGUCUUGGUGACCCACCAGACUGGUCCUGAUGAAGAUAAUCCCAAAUGUUAUCCUCCCAGGAUAGUCCAAACCUGCAACGAACCCUUGACGCCCACUAACAACAUAAACAAAAUGCUCCUCAUAGACUACAAGGAGAAUCGAUUGAUAGCCUGUGGGAGUCUUUACCAGGGCAUCUGCAAGCUUUUGAGGCUGGAUGACCUCUUCAAGCUGGGAGAGCCCUUCCACAAGAAAGAGCAUUAUCUCUCUGGGGUGAAUGAGAGUGGCUCUGUUUUUGGAGUCAUUGUUUCUUACAGCAACAUGGAUGACAAGUUGUUCAUUGCCACUGCUGUGGAUGGCAAACCUGAGUAUUUCCCCACUAUUUCCAGCAGAAAGCUCACCAAGAAUUCUGAGGCGGACGGGAUGUUUGCAUAUGUCUUUCAUGAUGAGUUUGUGGCCUCUAUGAUCAAGAUCCCCUCAGACACCUUUACCAUCAUCCCUGACUUUGAUAUCUACUACAUCUAUGGCUUCAGCAGUGGUAACUUUGUCUAUUUCCUGACUCUGCAGCCUGAGAUGAUCUCACCACCUGGCUCCACCACGAAGGAGCAGGUUUAUACCUCCAAGCUGGUCCGGCUUUGUAAGGAGGACACAGCCUUUAACUCCUAUGUUGAGGUGCCCAUUGGCUGUGAGAAGAACGGGGUGGAGUACCGGUUGCUCCAGGCAGCCUACUUGUCUAAGGCUGGAGCCAUCUUAGCGAGGUCUUUGGGUGUUGGCCCUGAGGAUGAUAUCCUCUUCACGGUCUUCUCCAAGGGGCAGAAAAGGAAGAUGAAGUCCUUGGAUGAGUCCGCUCUUUGCAUCUUUGUCCUGAAAAAGAUCAACGAUCGCAUCAAGGACAGACUGCAGUCCUGCUACAGGGGAGAGGGGACAUUAGAUCUGGCCUGGCUCAAAGUCAAGGACAUUCCCUGUAGCAGUGCGCUGUUAACAAUUGAUGACAAUUUCUGUGGCCUGGAUAUGAAUGCCCCCUUGGGAGUAUCAUCCAUGGUGCGAGGGCUCCCCAUUUUCACUGAGGAUGGAGACAGAAUGACAUCUGUGAUUGCCUACGUCUACAAGAACCACUCCCUGGCUUUUGUGGGCACCAAGAGUGGGAAGCUCAAGAAGAUCCGUGUGGACGGCACCACCAAGAACACACUGGAGUAUGAGAUUGUGCAGGUGGUGGAUACUGGCCCCAUAUUACGGGAUAUGGCCUUCUCAGUGGAUCAUGAACACCUCUACAUCAUGUCUGAAAAGCAGCUCACUCGGGUGCCCGUGGAGUCGUGUAGCCAGUAUGAGACCUGCAGCGAGUGCUUGGGCUCAGGCGACCCUCACUGUGGAUGGUGUGUUCUUCACAACACGUGCACAAGGAAGGAGCGGUGUGAGCGCUCCAGCGAGCCUCGGAGAUUCGCCUCAGAGAUGAAGCAGUGCGUCCGGCUUACCGUGCAUCCCAACAACAUCUCCGUGUCCCAGUACAACGUAUUGCUGGUCUUGGAGACCUACAAUGUCCCUGAGCUGUCAGCAGGAGUCAAUUGCACCUUUGAGGACCUUUCGGAGAUGGAUGGCUUGGUGGUGGGCAGUCAGAUCCAAUGCAUCUCGCCAGCUGCCAAAGAAGUGCCCCAGAUCAUCACCGAGAACGGAGACCAUCACAUUGUCCAGCUUCAGCUCAAGUCCAAGGAAACGGGUAUGACCUUUGCCAGCACCAGCUUCGUCUUCUACAACUGCAGCGUCCACAACUCGUGUCUGUCAUGCGUGGAGAGCCCUUACCGAUGUCACUGGUGCAAGUACCGCCACGUCUGCACUCAUGACCCCAGCUCCUGCUCCUUCCAGGAGGGACGAGUCAAGCUGCCCGAGGACUGUCCCCAGUUGCUACAGGCAGAGAAGAUCCUGGUGCCGGUGGAAGUGAUCAAGCCGAUCACGCUGAAGGCCAAGAACCUGCCCCAGCCGCAGUCGGGCCAGCGAGGCUACGAAUGCAUCUUGAACAUCCAGGGCAAUGAGCAGCGGGUGCCCGCUUUGAGGUUCAACAGCUCCAGCGUGCAGUGCCAGAACACUUCGUAUUCCUACGAAGGGAUGGAGAUUAACAGCCUGCCGGUGGAGCUGACGGUCGUGUGGAACGGGAAUUUCAACAUUGACAACCCAGCACAGAACAAAGUUCACCUGUACAAAUGCGGGGCCAUGCGGGACAGCUGCGGACUCUGCCUGAAAGCCGACCCGGACUUCGAAUGUGGCUGGUGCGAGGGGCAGAACCAGUGCACGCUGAAGCAGCACUGCCCAGCCCAGGACAGCCAGUGGCUGGAGUUAUCCAGCACCAAGGGCAAAUGUACAAACCCCAAGAUCACGGAUAUCAAUCCAGUGACGGGCCCUCGCGAAGGAGGGACCAAAGUGACCAUCCGUGGGGAGAAUCUGGGGCUGGAGUUCAGAGAUAUUGCGUCUCACGUCAAAGUGGCUGGAGUGGAGUGCAAACCGCUGGUGGAAGGGUACAUCCCAGCAGAGCAGAUAGUAUGUGAGAUGGGGGAGGCCAAGCCCAGCCAGCAUGCCGGAUUCGUGGAAAUCUGCGUGGCUGAGUGCAAACCAGAGUUCAUGGCGAGGUCUUCACAGCUCUACUACUUUAUGACUCUGACACUCUCUGAUCUCAAGCCGAAGCGGGGACCAGUGUCCGGUGGCACCCAGGUGACGAUUACGGGCAACAACCUCAAUGCGGGCAGCAAUGUCAUCGUGACCUUUGGGCGACAACCCUGCCUCUUCUACAGGAGAUCCACCAAGCACAUUGUCUGUAACACCACUGCCUCAGAUGAAGGAUUUGAGAAGGUGAAGGUGUCUGUGAGAGUGGACAAGGCCAAGAUACAUCAGGAGUUGCAGUAUGAGUAUGUAGAGGAUCCAACCAUCCUCAGGAUUGAGCCUGAGUGGAGCAUCUUCAGCGGCAACACACCCAUUGCAGUGUGGGGAACUCACCUAGACCUGAUCCAAAACCCUCAGAUCCGGGCAAAGCACGGUGGAAAGGAACACGUCAAUAACUGCGAGGUGCAGAACAGCACGGAGAUGACCUGCCAGGCUCCGGCACUGGCUGUUGACCCCAAUCACCAGUCUGAGCUCGCCGAGCGUCCAGAGGAGUUUGGCUUCAUUCUUGACAACGUGCAGUCUCUGCUGAUUCUCAACAAAACCAACUUCACGUACUACCCAAACCCAAUCUUUGAGGUUUUCAAUCCCUCGGGGAUCCUGGAGCUGAAGCCAGGAAGUCCCAUCAUACUGAAGGGCAAGAACCUGAUCCCACCAGUGGCAGGAGGGAAUGCCAAGCUGAACUAUACAGUUUUGGUUGGUGAGAAGCCCUGUGCAGUGACCGUAUCAGAUGCGCAGCUACUGUGUGAGUCCCCAAACCUCAUCGGACGGCACAAGGUGAUGGCUCGUGUAGGAGGAAUGGAGUUCUCCCCAGGGAUGGUCUACAUCUCUCCAGACAGCCCUCUCAGCUUGCCAGCUAUUGUCAGCAUUGCGGUGGCCGGCGGCCUGCUCAUCAUCUUCAUCGUGGCUGUGUUGAUUGCGUACAAGCGCAAAUCCAGAGAAAGCGACCUCACCCUCAAGCGUCUGCAGAUGCAGAUGGACAACUUGGAGUCCAGGGUGGCACUGGAGUGCAAAGAAGCUUUUGCAGAGCUACAGACAGAUAUUCACGAGCUGACAAGCGAUUUGGAUGGAGCCGGGAUCCCUUUCCUCGAUUACCGAACCUACACCAUGAGGGUGCUUUUCCCUGGCAUUGAAGAUCAUCCAGUCCUGAGGGAUCUGGAGGUCCCUGGCUAUAGGCAAGAACGCGUGGAGAAAGGCCUGAAGCUCUUUGCCCAGCUCAUCAAUAACAAGGUUUUCCUGCUGUCCUUCAUCCGCACGCUGGAGUCCCAGCGCAGCUUCUCCAUGCGGGACCGUGGUAAUGUGGCCUCGCUGAUCAUGACCGUGCUGCAGAGCAAGCUGGAGUACGCUACUGAUGUCCUCAAACAGCUCUUGGCUGACCUCAUAGACAAAAAUCUGGAGAGCAAGAACCACCCCAAGCUGCUGCUCCGGAGGACAGAGUCUGUGGCUGAGAAAAUGCUCACCAACUGGUUCACCUUUCUUCUGUACAAGUUCCUCAAGGAGUGUGCUGGCGAGCCUCUGUUCUCCCUUUUCUGUGCCAUCAAGCAGCAGAUGGAAAAGGGUCCCAUCGACUCGAUCACUGGGGAGGCCCGGUACUCACUGAGUGAGGACAAGCUUAUCCGACAGCAGAUUGAUUACAAGACACUGGUCCUGAGCUGCGUCAACCCCGACAAUGUGAACAGCCCCGAGAUCCCGGUGAAGAUCCUGAAUUGUGACACCAUCACGCAGGUCAAGGAGAAGAUCCUCGAUGCCAUCUUCAAAAACGUGCCCUGCUCCCACCGGCCCAAAGCUGCUGAUAUGGACUUGGAGUGGCGGCAAGCAAGCGGGGCAAGGAUGAUCCUUCAGGAUGAAGACAUCACGACCAAGAUAGAGAAUGACUGGAAGAGACUCAACACGCUGGCACACUAUCAGGUGCCAGAUGGAUCUGUGGUAGCUUUAGUCUCCAAGCAAGUCACUGCCUACAAUGCAGUCAACAACUCCACAGUCUCCCGGACGUCAGCCAGCAAGUACGAAAACAUGAUCCGUUACACAGGCAGCCCGGACAGUCUCCGUUCCCGCACACCCAUGAUCACGCCUGAUCUUGAGAGUGGAGUCAAGAUGUGGCACUUGGUGAAGAACCAUGAGCAUGGUGACCAAAAAGAGGGUGACCGGGGCAGCAAGAUGGUUUCUGAGAUCUACCUGACAAGACUACUUGCUACCAAGGGCACCCUCCAGAAAUUUGUAGACGACCUCUUUGAGACCAUCUUCAGCACUGCUCACCGUGGCAGUGCACUUCCCCUAGCUAUCAAAUACAUGUUCGACUUCUUGGAUGAGCAGGCUGACAAGCACAACAUCCAUGACCCCCACGUGCGGCACACCUGGAAGAGCAAUUGCCUGCCGUUACGGUUCUGGGUUAACAUGAUCAAGAACCCGCAGUUUGUCUUCGACAUUCACAAGAAUAGCAUCACAGACGCCUGCCUCUCUGUAGUGGCUCAGACUUUCAUGGACUCCUGUUCGACCUCAGAGCAUCGUCUGGGCAAAGACUCACCCUCCAACAAGCUUCUCUACGCCAAGGACAUCCCCAGCUACAAGAACUGGGUGGAAAGGUACUAUUCAGACAUCGCCAAAAUGCCAGCAAUCAGUGACCAGGACAUGAAUGCAUACUUGGCUGAGCAGUCUCGCAUGCAUAUGAACGAGUUCAACACUAUGAGUGCGCUCUCAGAGAUAUACUCCUAUGUUGGCAAGUACAGCGAGGAGAUUCUUGGAGCCCUUGAUCAAGACGACCAGGCUGGGAAACAGAAACUUGCCUACAAACUUGAACAAGUCAUAACCCUCAUGAGCAUAGACAGCUGAGAACUGUCCUGCCAGGGACACCCUGGGAGGGAUAAACCAAGUCGUGCCUCACUCAAGAUCAUCAUCUUUACCAAGUGCAAGUUUUGAUCGGCUGUAAGCAGAGUCACCUGAACAGCACUCCUCUCUCUCUCUCUCUCAUUUCUUUCUCUUUCAAAAUCUGUGGACAAAGUGACGAAGACCCAGGGGUUAAAAGAAAAGACUGCAGAGGAAUCUUGGCUCUGGGGACAUCAAGACAUUCAGGUGGAGCUCUUCUUUUCACAGCUUCCCUUCUGCCUUUGCCCUAGAGAAAAACUAUUACACACAAAAAGAACCCCCACGAACCCUCCCCCAACAUCAUAUCAUCACUCUGCAGAUGGGAAAUUGGGAGGUAACUUCUGUCAUGCUGCUUUAACUGCCCUCCAAGGGCUUGUAGCCUCUGGAGCGGACAUGGAAUUGAACUCAGUAUUACUAAAAGUCUGCCCAAGGGGAAGGCAGCCUGCCUGCAGGGAUCCUGGAGGGCAGGAGCAAAUCAAGAUCCUCUCCUGCAGAGCCAUUGCAACUCUAUCUCUUGAUAGUGACCCACUGGGAGAGGAACCCCAAGGCUCCCCGAAAAAUGCCACAGCUCCGUCCAGAGUGGGACCAUUGUGGCUCUUAUCUGCCUGGGCAAACAGCAGUGUAGCUGCUCUCUUGGGGCAGGGGAAGGGUCAAGAGGGGAGGAGGAGACCAAGACUCCCCUGCCCAUGUGUUUCAUAUGGUUAUUCUUAUUUUUCAAAGAGACCUGUGUCCCCCUCCGUCUUUCCCAUUGUGUCCUGUUGGUUGUAGCACUGCGGCAAAAAUACUCUCUCUGCUCAGUGGCAUCCUGUUGGUGGUGGUUCUGUUCCUUCUGGCAAUGGACAGCGCAGCAUCUCCCUCGUUCCCACCUCAGCUUGGAAAGCAAGAACCGCAAGUCUCAUUUUUUUCCGGGCAAGGACCUCAUCCUCAAAAACCAACCAGAGGGAUUUUUUUUUUUUUUUUAAAGCUGUUAGUCCUUUCCAUUUUGUUUCCUCAACUGGAACAAAACUAUUGUUUUCUCAUGGUGGAAUAUCAGAAGGAUACUGAAGGGCUUGCCAUGAAGCAAGGUGGUACAUAGGACUGAUGGUAAAACCUUCCUUCAAAGCCACUCCUAAGAGAUGUCACCACACAUUUUGGAAGGAAAUCUUGGAGGAAAUCCAAAUGAAACACUGCAAAAUAUUCUUCUACCUAGAUACCCCCAGCCGAACUGCAUGUCUUCUAGAGGUCUCUGAACCACUGUGAACUCAUCUGCCUUUUGGUGCCAACUCCUGGUCUUUCCUAUUCUCCAUUUCUGGAACCGACAGACCAUGCUGAAGGCACAGUUGCUGCCUGGGAAGGAUUUGCUCUCUCUUUGCACUUCCUAUCCCUUCAGAGAUCACUGUCACCACAGGACAAUUGUUGGUGAUUACCCUGUCCUAUCCUCUGCUCGGCUCCUCCAGAAAAACAUCUCAACCUGUUUCAUGGCCAGCCAAAGAGGAGUGAGCUCCUGCAUCUCUUCUGCAUUUGGCUGUUUUGUUCAUACAGCUGCCAGCCUGGAUAACACCAUGGUUCAGUGUAGUGGGAGACCCUCAGGGUCUGGAGAACCUUGCAUCUUGUAUACCAUGGAGGCAAGAGCUGGGUCUGCAUUCAUCUCACCAGAAAUGAACAGAGCUCGCUAGCAGAUGGAGGAGUGGCUUGAUGCCACGGAGAAUCAGCCCACAUCCAUCUCACACCAUCCUCAGAGCUACAGCCUGGAUCUACUUUGCACCUGGAGGGAGGAAGGGUAAAGACAGGGUGUGUAAAUUGAUUACAGAACGAGUGCAUUUGGUUUUAGUCAUGCCUCUUGCUAGCAAACCAGAACCUCUUCAGAGCGACGGAUCAUGAGUGCGUCUAAUGGGGGAUGCGGUGCAAACAGGAGUCAGUCAGCAAGUGGGUUUCGUUCAGCCAAGCAGAUACACAUGUAGGCAAGUCUUUCGAAAACCAUUUAAAGAACAGCAGUCCAAAACUGGAUGUGUCUGUGGGGAGAGAAUCACAAGAUUCAUAUUGAAACAGCAAACUUAGGGACACGUCUUGGUUUUAAAACCCCAGACAUUUCUCUCUUGAUUAUAAUUAUUAUUAUUUUGUGCGUGCGUGUGUGUGUGUGUAUCUGUGUGCGCGUGUGCGUUAUUUCCUUUUUAAUUUUGCUUGCUUUCUGUUUGAUUGCUGAGCUGAUGGACUCAUCAUGCACCUUAUGGACAUCUCAGCAUUUUUAAGAGGCCUGCGCAUUGGGGAUGAUUUGGGUUUGGUUGGUUCUGCCAUGGUUUUGUUGAUCCAUUUAGUAAUGUCGGCGCAUGUUCCAGAUCCAUUGAUUAUGGCUGUGAAAGUGGGGUGGAAGUCUCACCAGAGCCAGCAGUAAGAAAAUUACAACACCACCACAAACACAAUAUUUUUUAUAAGUACAUAAAAAAGGAAAAUUAAAAAAAAAAAGGAAGAAACCAAAGGUUUUGACAAACAAAGUGCCACAAAAGAUAAAUAUGGACCCUAUUGUCAUGCCUUGUACUCACAGCUGGAUGGUAGGAGUCUAAGGACAAAUAGCUGGCUUGGAGGGAAGUUGUUAUGAGUGAUGGGCUAUACUGCCUGGACAUGCACAUAUGAAAGGAAGAAGAAGCUGUUUAAAAAAAAAAAAAACAACAAAGUGAACUGGUGCAAUCCUGCACUGUUACUGAAGUCAGAGGAACACCACAGGGGAAAUUUGAGACUCACCCUGUUUCUUUUUGAUGUUUUCAGGGCUGUGUUUUUGUUUUAUUAUGGUUGUUUUCCAUUGUUAUUAUUUUAUUUCUUCUUGCCGGUACGGAGUUUCUCAUCUGUAAAAUAUAUAUAUAUAUUUUUCAAGAAAAACUUGAACACCUCAGAGACGCUGAGAAUGAAAUACUUAGGGGAGAUGGGAAGCACCAUGAGACUGGUGUCUUAACCCUUCCCAAGUUCCCAUUUAGGCAUUUCCGUUUUUUCUGCGCCCUCUUCUUUCCCCCAUCCCCAGGAUUUGAAAGAAAAUCUGUAUUUUGCUUCUCUUUCAUCUCCUCCUUAUUUUUCUUUUUGUUUUUCUCUAUUUGGUGUUUGAGCUGGUUUUGGUUUUCGCUUGGAAAAUGUGCCAGAAUCGUGAUGUAAAUGUGUGGGCUUCCUCCCCUGUCCCCUUCAGUGCCCUCCCCAUUUCCAACCACCGUCCCAGCAUCCCCCAGUCUAUGAGAAGUCUUGGCAUCUUUCUUCCCAGCCUGACCUGUUAAGCUAACUAUUUCUUAAGUGCAUGUAAAAUACAACUAAAAACAAAGACACAAGCAGAACAAUGAGCCCUACUACAACAUGGAUGUGUUCUUUUCCUCUUCCUUUGAUUUGUUUCUCCCUGCCUCCCUUUCCACACUUGACCAAAAAUACCCAAUUGGUGGUAUUCCACACUGUUUUCAAGCUACAUAGAGAGAACUAGAACCAAAGUCCCUAGAAGUCAAUGGACAAGCUCCUAAUAUCCAGAACAUGCCAGAUGAUAGGCUGACCUUUAUGGGUAUUUCUCAAAUACAGCAAUCAAGACAAUGAAUGCUGACACUUGCAGCACCAUCAGAAAUGGGGAAAGGGAACUCCUGAGGACUCUCUGUGGUCUUACUGAGCUAAAAUUAUUUCUUUACUGCAGAGUUUGCUCUGGGACUUUGCACCUGGGUUAGAGAAACAAAGGUGAACAGUUCUUCUGCAAACACAUUGUGUCCUCCUGUGAGUGUACUCACCUAUCAAGGACAUACUGAUCUGAGACAUAAUCCGUCAUGUCAUGUGCUUUCGCAGACUGAGCCUUCCAGUGAACACUGUUGUGGGAAAAGUUGUGUGUUAUCUGGAAGAAGGUGUUAGAGAUUUUUAAUGCUUGAACAGACAGCACAGGAGAACUACCGAAAAUGAGAAAUGCAGCUGCCCAAGGGUACCUUCCUCUCCUAGCAUGACCCAGUCCUUCUCUUCCCACUCCUCAUUCUGUUCUGAACAUAUCUGAAAGUUUGGUCCAAUCCAGCAUACAGCAGCCUUGUUCUGUUAGAUAAGAGGGCUAUGCCAAUUUUCUCAUCUGUAAUUUUACCACUGCAGUUGUCUUAUACUUCUUUGACACUGGAGACCAUAAAAAAUUGUUAUGACAUGAAGAUUUACCAGCAGAAUUGUAGUUGGUAUUUGCUUUAAUUGAAAAGUGAUUACCAAAGUUUCCAGAUCUUGUGCAUUAGCCCACAGGAAGGUGUUUACCAUGAAGGGAAAAAGACGGAGUAAAUCACAUAAUUGUCAUUGUUAUUUUUAAUAAUGCUAUUGAAGACUGAUAGAGUUUUAAGACUCCAGUGGCCAGUCUCACGGUUGAGUCAGCCAACACAAAAACUACACAUUCCUUCCACAUUUCCUAAAGUCCGGGAUUCCUAUGAUGUGACAACCCAAGCACAAAACAGCUAAUAUCAAGAGGAAAAUUGUUUAAAAGUAAGCCAAAACACAAAAUGUAGAUCUGUCCUUCCCUGAGGCUUUAGUGAAGUGCUUUGGCAAGAGACACUAUUAUGAGGAAGACUCUUCCAAAGGAAGAUUGGAAACCUGAAAGGACUGAGUCCUAGGGCUCCUCUUAGUGGGGCAUACAUUUGUGUGUCCACAAAGGACCCUUAAGUCCGAGGGCCAUCUCACAGCAAAAAGAAAAGUCUGGGCUGCUGGAGAAGACCAGGACUACUCUCUCACAUCACCAGGGUAACAGUGAAACAAGUAGUGCUUCACCCUUCCCAGCAGCCUGUAGAAGAAUUACUCAUGAAGCAGAUUCAUCUGAUAGUGUGGAGAUAUUUCUUGGCACUGUAAAAGGAAUGAGAGAGAGGAAGAAAACGGGUCCUGCUUCCUAAACUCCUGAGACAGGCUCUAGUGUGUAAGAGUUUUGCUCCUCCAUAGAACUCUGUUGUGGCCAUUUCUGCAGUGGCCAUUGCCGAUGUGGGAAGAUGCCAUGACCAGAUAAGCACUUUGCUGGAACCCCAUCAGUCCCAACAAGGUGUUUUUAGUCCCUUCCUUCUCCCUCAUUCAGCAUUUAGCUACAGAAGCCAGACAGAGGACGCAGUAUGGAAAUGUGCAUUGUGGUCCCACCAGGUUUGUGUUGGUUUUGGGUAGCUCACCAAAAAUUGCCUCCAGGAACCCAGUUUGCAUAUCCCCCACCCUUGAAUGGGGAAAUCAGUAUGAAAAUUCAGCUCUUGAAUCAGUGUUGUUGUUUAAACUCCUCUGAGCCUCUGACAACCUCCUCUUCCUGGGAUAACCAGGGGAGCCCGGGAAUGGAUCUCUUUCUGCAAACUAGGGAGCUAUGAUCAUUUACAUGAUCAUAGUAGAUUGUUUCUGUGUUGGCAGGUGUCUCACCAUGACAGCUGUUGGGUAGAGAAGUAUUGGCAUAGCCUCAGUGAUGCCAGGACAAUUUGUUCCGUGCAUCUGAUGAGUAGUAAAAGAGUUGUCCUGCAGGGCAGGUGGAGGUCUUGGGAUGUCCUAGCUCUUGCCAUCCAAACUUGGUACGCUGUGGAGCAGGCAACUGAUGAAGCAAGUGAACCUCACAACAUGAUUUGAACCUCAGCCUCCCGGCCAUUCACAGCCUGAGUUUUCCUGCUUUGCACCCAAUGCUGUUCCCAUUUCAGAGUAUUGUUUGGUCCGUGGAGUGAGUCCUGCGGUUUUCCCUGACCUCUGCCACUGUGCAAUGCCUCUCCCUCCAAAAAAGUUGUGUUGUCUUACAGGGGAUAACCAUUUUGCGGAGAAUGCUUUGAAAAUGGAGCUUGUCAACCAUGUUUUAUUUGGGCUGGCUCAGUUCACUACACCGUUAGAGAAGCACGCAAGGGGACACAGGAUUACAGCAACGAACUAAUUUGUAGAAAGAUGUCAAAAAAAAAAAGAAAAAAAAAAGAUUCAUACUUGGAAAAAAUAAAACCACCAAAAAACCCCCAGCAAGGAUAUAAAGCUGCUUAGUCUAAUCAACCUGUCACGUGUGUGAUUUCUGUUGUUGUCGUUGUUGUUUGUUCAUUGGCUUUUUUUUGUGUUAAUCUUCUGUUCUAAAAAUGGAGAGUUUACCUCAAGAAAUUCUUUCUGCUUGGAAACAAAUCACCUCAAAGAUGCUCGCAGCAGAGAGCAGAGUGCAGGGAAGCUCAGUAAAGUGAACCUGGGUGCGGAAAACAGGGGGAAAACCAGGGCAUUUAGGCUCUUUCAGCAUUCCCUUCUCUUGCUGGUGUGGUCUGGCAUGGGUCCUUGACUCUGAAGGCAGCAUUUCCCAGUAGGAGAAGUUGCUGUUCACUUUCAGAUAGACUGAGGCACAAAAGCCAGUUAGAGAAAUCAAGGCACAUGUCCAGGCUUGCAGUCCUUUCUGAAGUAUCUUAAGAGAAACUUGAUGUUAUGUAAAAUUUUUAUGCUGCUUUCUCCAGUCCCUGGAGAAAACCCACUUUCCAGCCCAGAGUGGGAUAAAGAAGCAGAGAGAUUAGGUGCUAGCUAAAUGCUCCCAGUGUUUUCCCCAAGGAAUCAAGAUGAGAGGCAACUGGAUUAUUUAACGUCACAAGACAGGCCCUUCCUAGUGUCUGACCCUGUGUCUUGGACAUACACAUGAGCCCAGAAGUCUCAUUCUCUGUUUUGCUAAAGCUUCCACCUUAAAUACAAAAUCAAUGUAAAGGCAUAUCCUUUCACUACAGUGUUACUAACAGUCUCAAAGAGAUGUCAAGACAGCAUUAGAAAGGAGGUUGGGAUCCUUUUUCUUAGGUUGUUGUUGUUGUUGGUUUGACUUUCUUUUGAAUUGAUCCUAGUUAAAAAAUAAAUAAAAUCUAUACUAUUUAAAUUGGAAUCCCGUUGUUACUUGGUAAAGGCAAAGCUUCUGUACCUUUGUUAUAAUUAAUUGUAUACCUGUGUAUGUAAAUAUAAGGCAUUCCUAUUUUGCAGUCCAGAACAAAAAAGAAAAAAAACCUAUUUGUAAUAUAGAAUAAAGUUUAUUAAAAAAAAUAAAGAAAUAAAAAUGC